UGUAAAAAAUAAGCAGUUAACAACACAACGGUCCCGCACAAAUGAACACCUCGCACAGUGGAAGAUCAAUAUGAGAUAGCUAUUACACGCCUAUUUAACCGGGGAAAUGUUGCGUGACUCGUGAAAAACAGAUGCAAUUAUAUGAGGACCCAUGUACUGUAAUACUGCACUAGUACUACUACUUCCUUUACUACGCAGUAUUUCCAUGUACUGCUCUGUCUGCCUUUGUCCUCAGUGACUGGGUUAAUAGCGUAUCCGAGAAGGCGGUCAGAUUUUUUUUCUCAUCACCUGUCAUGCCACCAAAGCGAGACUCAGGAAUAAGUGCAACACACCCGCAAGUGAAGAUGAUUAAGAUCGGGAGUGUGUCAGAUGUGCAGGACUUUCAUUGCGAGUCAGUGGAGGAGAAGUUCAGGCCAGCAGAAGAGGCCAGCCCUCUCCAUGGCAAUGAGCCUGAAACCAUUGACUUUGAUGAAAGUCUUGCAAGUCCAGGCAUCAGAACAGACACCAUCAGCCUUCUCAUGAAAAUAGAGCAACUACAGGCACAACUCAAAUAUGAACGCAGAUGUCGAAUUCUGGCAGAGCGAGAGCUGAGGGAGCUCAAAGAGAUGAACACCCUCAUGAUGCAGAUGAGGCACACUGCACAUGAACUACGAGUCACUCUGGAUCACGUUCUCCAUGGAGGGGAAGCAGCAGUUGCACCACAAAGCAUUGAUGAAAGUGUAGAGUUCCUGACUGAGUCGGAGGCUCAGAUGAGAGCUGUUCAUAAUAUACCCGAGGAUGACCAUAACUUCCUUUACCUUUCUGAGACCCUCCGUGUACCAAAAAAUCUCUAUGAGCGCAUAGCAGAAAUAGCAGAUUACAAGAAGUAUGUUUCAGCCCUGCUAAUGAUACUUUUUGACAGAGACACUUUGGCAACACACUGUCUACAGGGCCGGAAGAACACCUUCACCGGGGAGGAUUCCCACAAGCCUCCACUCCCACCGGAGAUUUUGAAAAGCCUCAUUGAUCACGUUGGGUGCAAGUUUGGCAUCGACGGCAGCCAAAUAAAAACCGCAAUCCGCACAAAGUUGAAUAAUGAGGACAAACUAUUGAAGAAGAGACUGGGGUUGGGUAAAACUGAAAGCAGAGCUAUUGCCGAUCAAAGCUUUAGCCAAGAUAGUUUACUUUUGACAGAAAACGGUGCCGUGGCAAAUGACUCUCAGUUUUAGCUAAAGUGCUGCUCUCCCUUCAUCAGUUGGUUGCCUGUAUUUCGUGUCGGACUGAGUCAUGUGAUAAGUUUCCUCUUUUUUUCCAAUUGAACCCUAUGGAGAUUAUUCUUCCUUUUUUUUCUUUUUCCAACUUUGACAGAUUUUGUUGCCUGUUGUAUGUAAAAGUGUACCCAGGCACCUGACAACAUGGCAAAGUGUCACACGUAUAAUUGUUAGUGGUAAACACAAGUGUUCUUACUUUGUAAAUACUAGUUUUGCUAACUUUGUCCAGCAGUUGUACUUCCAGUCUUAUAUACUCUAUGUGUACGGUUAGCAUAUUUGACAAUGUUACUGUUCAUAACAACCUCUUCCUUUCAAGUUAUAACUGUAUUUAUAGAUAGUUUGGAGUAUUAGAAUAUGCAGUGAGUGACACAUCUGUUUUCUUCCUCAGAAUCGGUUUUUCAUGUUUCUGUUGCGCUUCAUUAUGAAGCUGAUAUUUUUCUAUAUCUACUGUAGAUCUAUAUCACACAGUAAAGUACAGUUUGUCCUCAUUUGAGUACUGUUGUGUUUCCCCAGCAGCCAACAGAUGUCAGUGCUGAGCUUUACGAGCUUUGGUUGCUGCCCAUGAGGGCAUGUAACAAAAAUUAGACAUUUACUUUCAAAUGGAAAGAAAAUUCUGUGUGAGAAAUGUUAAAAUGGGACGAGCAAAAUCCAGCCAGUCCUGCAGCGUCCUCGUUUAUUCAGAAGCUAUAGAAGGAAUAAAGGUCCAGAGUACACGGUGUGACAGUCACGACCACAUACUGACUGAUGAAACAGUAACUGUGUGGUUCUGGAUGGCUCAUAUCAGUGAAUAGUGGUAGUUUGAUGCAGUCAUGUUCCGAUGAAAGAUGUGGCCUGAACUAUCAGCAGCUGCAGACUCCUCCCCCUCCUGUCCUGGAGCUGGCUGAGCUGUCGGGGGGGUUUACAGCUCAUCACUGCUACCUCUGAUAGCAUCAUCUGUCCCCUCGGUCUCCUUUCAAGGCUCAGAGGAGGGUUCUAUCGAAUCAGGAGACUUUUACAUCUGGACGCAGCACCUGGGAAUGGAGAGUGGCGGUUUUCCAAGGUUUUAAAAGCAGACCCUAGCUAUACCUUUGGAAGUAUUCAAGUUGACCAGAACAUGUUUGAGGACCCAUGGAAUAAUUUCAAAAUGUAAGACUUGAUCAAGUUUUAUUUAAAUUAGCAGCUGUAAAAUGAAGUAGACAGGACUGUGGUGAUGUUCAGUUUAAUUUAUAGGGAAGUGACGGUAAUUAAA